AAACAACGAAAGUCGGAGAGACCAGCCCACUUCUCGUCGACUCAUGUCCUUGUAUCAGAUGAAGUUGCGUUACACUCUUUUGGGACCGAGAGCUCAGCAUACACCGACAGUUUACCUCAGACUAAACUCAGUCACUCUGAAUCGUGAAGAACACCAUCCUGUGGCGGUCGGUGAUAUAGCACAGCUGAGAUUGGAGCUGAAAGGGAGUUUCUGAAGACAGCCGUGUUUUUUUUUUUUUUUUACUUCAUAUCCACCCAGUCUGAACCAGCGACCCAAGGACCUAUUUUUUUGUAUCAAAGGAUAUCUUCAAAUUCAAAUUGUAUUUUCACGUUUAUCAUAGCUGAAAAGCUAUGAUAGUCGCAAGAACUAAGUGGUGACAGGAGUUUUCAAGGGGACUAUUUUCUGGUGAAGUAAAAUCACUUGGACUAAAGAUGGAGGAAGCAUCACAAUAUGCCUAUUCUGCCACAUUGCCAACUGUGGCUCCUGCCGUUGGCUACCUCAGUAUGUUCCAUGAAUACCACAGCAAUGCGGCUCUGGUAACACAUUACAACUAUACGGGAAAGCUGAAAGAGAACAAGUACAGAGAUGGACUAAAACCAGAGGCCAUACUCUUUCUCAUCAUCUGUCUGCUCAUAGUGCUGGAGAACACUGUGGUGCUGGUGGCUAUCUGGAAGAACAAAAAAUUCCAUCUGCCCAUGUACUACCUGCUGGGCAACCUGACACUCUCCGACCUGUUGGCAGGCUUCACCUACAUGGUAAACAUCAUCACGUCUGGAGCAAACACCCUGAAAAUGACACCACUGCAGUGGUUCCUGAGGGAAGGUGGGGUCUUCAUCACUUUGGCUGCCUCUGUCAUCAGCCUACUGGCUAUCGCCAUUGAGCGACACGUCACCAUGGUGAGGAUGAAGCCUUACCAGGGGGCCAAGAGAGGACGCAUGUUUGCCCUUAUCGGAGCCAGCUGGGUGGUCUCGGUGCUGCUGGGGGUCCUCCCCAUCAUGGGCUGGAACUGCAUGGGCCGCCUGGACCACUGCUCCACGGUCCUGCCGCUGUACGACAAGAGCUACAUCCUGUUCUGCGUCACAGUCUUCAGCGCAGUGCUGAUGGCCAUCGUGGUGCUGUAUGCGCGCAUCUUCCGCAUCGUCAAGUCCAACACUCAGCGCCUGGGCUGCGGCCCCCAGCGCAAGGGCUUGGCGCGCAAAUCCCAGAAGUACCUGGCCCUGCUGAAGACGGUCACCAUCGUGCUGGGGGUUUUCAUUGCAUGCUGGCUUCCCCUCUUUGUGCUUCUCAUCCUGGACUUCUGCUGCCCGGCGCGGAGCUGUCAGGUGCUGUUCCGCGCGGACUACUUCUUGGGCAUCGCCAUGUUCAACUCCUUGCUCAACCCCAUCAUCUACACGCUCACCAGCAAGGACAUGCGGCGGGCCAUCAUCCGGCUGCUCUGCCGCCACUGCCUCAUCACCAAAGACGGACAGGUCAAGAAAAUCGGCCUGCCCUUCCUGGAGUGCAGCACCAGCAAGACGGAGCUACCCUCCCACCGGCUCGAGGGAGUGGAGAACACCGUCUCCUCGGGGAACUUCACCCCCUCUACCAUCAAAGCCAUUUACCCAAGGAUGUCCAAGAGCUGAGCACAUUAUUGGAGCUCUCAAAAGGACUAUCCAUAACAUGUAGAGGUGCUGGAACUCUGACCUGGUGAAUGGAACUCUGAAAUGCACUUCACGGCACUACUACAUUGAGUGCCUAGUCCCUACACUUCCUCUGAAGACUGAGACUUUUAAUGACUUCACAUUGAUAAGUUGGCCCUCAGCAAACUAUUUUAUGCAUAGGGUUGAUCAUCCCUAUGAAUGAAGUCUCUAGCACUGUCAAAGUUGGGAUAUCAUACUGAGAGAGAAAAAUGAACACCUUCAAGGUAGAGUACCAUGCAACGUAAUGCACUCAGUGCAUUGUAAACCAGAACUCUUUCAAGCAUAAAUAUAUUAUCAGGUUAUGUCUGAAGAUGCAUGUUCAGAAGGAGCCGAAUAACUAGACUGUGUUGAUGCUGAGACUAUUUCAACAAGGCUGUGUGCACCACUUGGUUUUCCCUCAGAAACAGUAUACACAACCAAAAAGAGAAAGAUGCACACAUAGGAAAAUAACAGGUUUCCAAGUUUUUCCUUUCUUUGCCAAUGGUCUCUGGGCUGUUUGGCCAGAAAUCAGGUUCUUGUGGCCUCAAUCUCCACUCCUUAGCAUGGGGUUCUGGAUUGCUCCAAAACAUGCGCCUGGCAAGCGCAAGCACAAACGACUAAACAGAUCCAUGUGGCUUUUCAGGGCCUUGCUGGUUUUGUGAAAUAUGUUGUCGUAGAGACUCGAGGCCUGAACCUGCCUCCGCAUUUACUCCAAUAAAAAUGUAUGAAUACAAACAAUACAAAUUAUCGGUAGCAUUCAAUUAACUGACCACAAUGGUAGCAAUACUAUGUAUGGAAUAAACUGCAUUUAAAUGUAAUGUACAGAAUGUUUAGAGAUGAAAUGCCUAUUUUAUAAUGUAUAUCUAUGUGUUGUGUACAGUUUGACGGAAUGAUGAAAAUAGGUUUACUUUUAAGUUAUGUAUCAUCUUGUAAUAUAUGUAAAAUAAAAGCUUUUGAUCAGUUA